CGGCUGCUCGCAGUAGGGCGGGCGGCUUAUAUAGGGCGGGAAGGCUUUCGCGGAGGUAGUCCGCGUCGGCGAUCGCUCGCUGCGGUGCCUUUACAGUGCAGGGGGUAACAGGCUCCUCCCACUCUUACGUCAUCAGUGUAUGUACGUCAGUGUGCUAUGUGUGUGCGCUACGGGUAUUGGUGUCGCGGUUGCGCGUGCGCGCUCCUGCUGCUGCUCGCCAUAGCAGCCGCGCAGGAAGACAAGAGGGCUGAGAUGUCUCCAAUGCCAUUCCUGAUGGCCACUCGUUAUGGGAGAAGUUCUGCACCACGCCACCUAGCGCCAAGAAAUGACAGGUUCUUCAUGAGCUCUCGCUACGGUAAGCGUUCCGGCGUGUCUCUGGGAGGCGAGCGCGCGCUGCUGUGCGAGUUCACCGGUGUAUUCCCGCUGUACCGGUGCAGGCAUAAGCUGUCGCGAUACGAUAAACGGAGCACUGAAGAGGCUGUAAGAGACGAGUAAUCAUACAACAAACGACCAGGCACGACCGACGCGACACCGACAGCUGCGACCGACACGUACGACUAACACGACACGUCUGAUACGAGCGAUACGACCGAUACGAUACAUGCGGUUAAUCCGACAAAAAAUUCUAAAAAUGUUAAUGUAUAACUUUAAUAUUUGUCGUUAUGGUUAGUUAUGAUUUUUGUAAGUUAUUGUGUUGCUACAUUAAAAUAACAAGUGUUGCCAACAUUUUUGAAAAUUAGGUUAUGAGAAUUUUGGUGAAUAAGACUGUUAUUUAUUUAAUUCAAAAAAACUUUUGUUCAUAUUUAGAUAAUAUUGUUUUAUAAUUGAAGAAAAAAAGUGUUCUUCAUGCUUCUAAUCGUUGAAAAAGUUACCAAAUAAAACAAAAAUAUGUCAGCAUUAUUACGUAAUGAAAAUCGUCACUCACACACGUAAACUUUUGUAUUUCGACAGCGCGUGGCUCGUCGGUGUGCGUACAUUGUACACUCCUUAAAUAUAAAAAU